AUGGCAAUCUUCAAAGAUUUCCGCGAACGGCUCAAGUCCUUCAACGCAAAGGAAAGGAAAGCCAUUUUCUUCUACAUCUGCGGCAUCAUGCUGUACAAGUUCGGCCUGGAGGCCUUCAACGGCUCCAUCACCGCACUGGCCACGAACCGAUAUGACUUUGAGAGCGACACCAACGGCACCCCUUCGCGCACCUUUGAGCGUCUUGGUCUGCUCCAGGGGCUGAACCAGGCCACCCAGUGUGUUGGCUCCAUCCUCAUCGCCCCCCUCAUUAAGCACUACCCGACGAAGAAUGUGCUGUCGUCCGCUAUCCUGCUUUUCGGCCUUAUGACGGCAAUCCUACUGAUCCUCGAUGCCGCCACCGGCGGUACUUUCGUCCCCGCGGCCUACCGCAAGAAACACCCCAAGGACGAGUGGUCGUACUACGGCGACUACGACAACGAUGCAAUCAUCCCCAUCUACACCGUCACCGGUAUCGCCUACGGCAUGGUCGAGCUCAUUCGUCGCGUCAUACCCCGAGACAUUGUUGGAGGCAACGUCCAGAAACUUCGUCAGAUGGACAGUCUCGUGCACAUCUUCUACGAAAUUGCCGAGGCCCGCAAGAGUAACUAUUUCAUCGCCAUCGGCAAAGGCUUCCUCCUGUUCUUCGAGUCCAUCUGGGUCGGCGCCAGGAUUCUCUUCACGUCGACACGGUUUGUCUGGCUCGUUCCAGCAUACGGCGUCGCCCUCUACGGCCACCGAUACCUCGAGAAUGGAAUCGCACCGCAAGUCGCCCGUCGGUACCUCGGCAACUCGGCCUGGUCACAGAUCAUGGUUGGAGGCUCCAACUUUGGUGAACUCCUCGGCGCCCUCUUCGUUUUCCUUUUCACAAACGUCAUCAAGACGCCCAUCCCGUGGCUCCGUCUAGAUGCCCUCAUGUUGCUGAUCGUGUGGUACAUCCCGUACUGGUACCCGCCCUCGGGCCAGGUCAGCCAGGCUUGGAUCGUUGCUGCCACGUUCCUCCCAGUCUCCUUCGGUUGGGCCGCCGGCGAUGUGUCCCUUGCAGCCUUCAUCCAAGCUUCUCUGGCUCGGCUCGAGAGCAAGGAGCACCGCGUGUCUCCCUUGGGUGCCGUCAUGGCGUUCCUAUACUCGUUCUACAUUGUCACCUACGCGAUUGCCGGCACCUUCCUCGGAAGAUACCUCGACGGCGUUUACAACCGCACUGGCUCAGUACGGGAAGCGCUGGUGAACACGGCUGGUGUUCACUUCACCAUCAUCAUGGCCGUCGUUUUCGCCUCGACUUUCAUUCCCAAGGGCUCGCGAACCUUCAACCCUGAGAUGCUAGAUGACACGAAGCUUGACGAGGAUAUUGAGGAGGAAUCUCUCUCGCCGUCGGAGAAGGACAUGGUGGAAGACCCCAAGUUGAACGAGAAGAUGCCUGCCAUUGUUGUUUGA